AUGGCCAUCCCCGACUGGCACGACGACGACACGGACGACGAGGACGACGUGCUCCUCGGCGUCGUCGUGUCGCCCGCCGUCCGAUCCCCGCGGCGACCCACCUCCGGGACCGCGACGCGCGAUCGGUCGGCGUCGUCGUUGGUGUCCACGCUGGGCAAGCCGACGGGGCUUUACGGCGGGAGCGUGCUGGGCUUCCACGAGCGCAACGCCGGGACGACCGCGUUCUCCCCGUUCGUCCCGAUCGCGCGGACCGCGGGUGGCGCGUCGACCCCGGGUCCCGGACGGAUCUCGCUCGGGGGCCUGGGCGGGUCCCCGCGGGUCGCGCGGCUGCGCCUCGAGGACGGGAACGAGGAUGGGGACUCGACGGGAGGGAGACUGGACGGCGGGAACGAUGGGGACGUCCGCGAGCGCGGCGACCGGGGCGCGCGCGCUUCGCCCUCGGGUCUGCCCGGUCCGUCGCGCGGCCUCGGUAUCGGCGGCGCGCGCGCCCUGAUCCCGCCCCGAUCUCCGUCGCACGCGUGGCCCCCCGAGGCGCGCCUCCACCUCGCCCCGGGGGACCCGAACGAUCUCGUGGGCGUGGAUGGGGUCACGGUCGACGACGCGGAUCCCGCGGCGCUGGCGUACGGAGACGCGGGGCUUCGCGCGGUGUCACUCGCGCGCAACAUCAAGCACCAGCGCGCGGCGUCGCGUCGCGCCGCCGCCGCGCAACGAGCGCGCGUGCGGCAGGAGGCGCUGGAGCUCGAGCUGGGAUGGGCGCUGGAGCAGGAGCAGAGCGCAAACGCGGAACUCGCGCGGUUCGCGGACGAACUCGCGCGGUCCAUCGCGCGGGAGGACGCCGAGGCCGCCGCGGCCGCCGAGAGGGAGGAGCAGCGACAGCUGGACGAGAUGGACGCGAGGUGGCGCGCGAGGGACGCGGCGGUGAAGGCUGUGCUCGCGGCGGAUGCCGCCGAGUCGGAGAGGCAGAAGCUCGCCGCCGAGGAGGCGGAUAGAGCGGCGAAGCGCGCCGAGGAGGAAAAGAAACGAGCGGACGAGGCCGCCGCCGCCGCCAAGAAGGCCGCGGACGAGGCCAAGGCGAAGAAGGAGAGGGAGGACGCGGAGGCCAAGGCGAAGAAGGAGAGGGAGGACGCGGCUGCCGAAGCGGCGAGGCGAGCGGAGGAGGAGCGCCGCACCGGCGUCGUCACCGGCCAGAGACUCCCUUCGGGAUCCGUGCCGAAGAUCCAGGUGGCCGCCGAGGCGUCUAAACAGGAGGGCGAGCUCGCCAAGCUCCUCGCCGAGGCGCGCGCGAAGGUUGCCGAGUACAGCACGGCGCCGGCGGCGAAGAGGGAGCGACGGGUGAUCAACAACAACAUCACGGUUCACGUCCAGCAGAUCGCGGCGACCCGGCAGCAGAUCGAGAAGAAGGCUGUCGACAUCGCGCAGUUCCUGAACGGGUUCCAGCCCGGGUCGAUCCAGCGAACGUUCGCCACCGUCUCGCUCGCGAAGCGCGUGCUGACGCAGUGCGACUCGCAGGUUUCAAAGCUGAACCGUUUCGCGUUUGCGUUGGCGGAGGUUUCCGUCCGCGUCGCCGUCUUUGACGCGACGUUCGGCCGGGUUUUGAUCGCGCUCCUGCACGAAGCCUGCGUCCUCGCGGUGCCCAAGUACUACCCGUUCGUCCAGGGCCGGUACGCCAGCGACGACGAGUACUUCAAGCUCAUGGGAUACGUCGCCGCCGAGGAGCAGCCGAACGAUUUACCGGAAGGCGCGCCGCCCAAGCUGGAGACGACGGAUAACUUCUGCAGGCGGAUCCAGGGGUUCAUGCUGUUCUACGCGGCGUACACGCAGUGCGACAACCCGCGGCAUCCGCACGGGAUAAACCACGCGUGGGCGUGGGUCUCGAGGCUGGUGAAUCGGGUCCCGCCCAACAGGUUUUCCGCGACGGCUUUGGAGUCGUUCGUGAAACACGCCGGGUUCGCGCUGUGGUCGGCGUACGGCGCUCAGUUUGGAAAGAUUCUGGACGUCGUCGAUCGAGAGUUUUUGCCCACCCUGGAGGCGAAGGACGACGCGGACAGCAGACCGGUCGUGAGUCGCAUGCGAACGUACCUGAACGAGCGAGGGUUCCUGAGAGCUCCGGAGGGUCGGGAGAUGCCCAACACGGACACGAGCUCCAACACGCGGCUGUGA